UACCAAUCUUGAUGAUGAUGAUAUAUGGUCUACCGAACAUCUCAGUGAAUUAUUAUCGAUCUUCACACAUUUUCCAUCAGUCGUUUUCGCAUGGACAAAAGGAUACUUUUGUCAUAAUGGUGGUAAUCCAUAUCCAACAAUGAUAGUUACACAAGACAGAAUCAAUAAUUGGCCUCAAUCUUUUGGAGGUAAUAUAUUACAUUCUUCUUGGUCAUGGAAUAUGAACGUUUUUAGAGGUUUUCGAUAUCGUGGACAAUCGGAUUUUCCACCAAAUUUUCAAGGACCAAAAACAUCCGACUAUGAUUUGUUUGAGGUAGUACGCGCACAUAUUAUCGCAAAAAAAUUAAAUUACUAUCAUAGUAAUCGAGCUACAAUCGAGCAUCUCGUCGAAAUGGGAAAAUCAUGUACUAAAAAUGGACCAUUAUGGUAUCCUGACUAA